ACAGCCGGCAUGAGCCGCCGCGUCGGGGCGCCCGGGCGCGGGGACCCCGCGGGUCCUAUUCUAGAUGUUGUCAAAGGAGGAGAGGAAGAGGACGGCCCAGGGCUCGCUCUGUCAUCCACCUUGAAGAGCCCCCUCCCUCACCGCGGUAUCAGCAUCCUGGAGAAGCUAGUGAAAACGUGUCCUGUGUGGCUGCAGCUGAGGCUGAGCCGGGAGGAGGCAGCCAGGAUCCUUCAACGGGAGGCGGCUCGGACAUUCCUGGUCCGCAAGGACAGCGGCUCAAAGCACCUGGUGCUGUGUGUUCACUUCCACUUUCUGAAUGACAGCUCCUCUGAGGUGCUGGAGUACACCAUCAGAGAAGAAAAAUCCAUACUGUACGUGGAAGGCUCUGUUCUUGUGUUUGAGGACAUCUUCAGACUGAUCGCGUUCUACUGUGUCAGUAGAGACUUACUGCCCUUCACCCUGCGCCUGCCCCAGGCCAUCCUAGACACCAGGAGCCUCUCCGACCUGGAGACCAUCUCCAAACUGGGCCUGGGCUUCUGGGACUUCUCACAGAAUCCCCGACGCGGUGCCCGCAGCAGUGAGCCGCCCGGAGACUCGGCCCCUGGGGCCCCCACCCUCUCCAGCCCCGGUCCUACCGCCCAUCCUGCCGGCUGCUCCUGUGAAAUCAAGCUGUCCGUAGGAAAUGACCGCCUGUGGUUUGUGAAUCCGAUUUUCAUCGAGGACUGCGUGCUGCCCGCCGACGGCUGCCCCGGGCCUGCCACCUCCGAUGCUACCUCGCCCACCUCCGGGUGGGGCCCGCGACGCCCACCUCCCCCGCCCCCAGUGCCUGCCCUGCCACCCUGCGGCCCAGCCCAGCCUCUGGAGCUCCCGACACCCACUUGUCCUUUGCCCGGCUCUCCAACAGCCUCUGCACCCCAUGCCCCUGGCCCCCUGGGUCCCCUCAAAGAGGAAGGAGGGCCAGCCCCGGCGCCUCCUCUGCCCGUGAAGAAGAGUCUUCCCCUCGCUCCUCCCCGACGCCGCGUCACUGGGAGACUGUCCCUGGAAGAGCAGAGCGCCAGCCCAGCGGCUCCGAGGAGCCAUCUGGGCCUCUCCAGGGCCACCUCACUUCGCCUGCCUCCCCAGGGGGCCUCCGACAGCCCAAAGGACAGACCCCAGAGGACCCCAGAGCAAGGCCAGGACGCAGAGGCCAAAGCCAGGGAUCUGAGCAGCAUGCCAGAACCUUCCAGAAAGACCAAGCAACCCCCAGUCCCACCCCCCAGGAAGAAACGGGGCUCCGGGCAGAUGGCCCCUGCCCUCCUGGCUACUCUGGAGAGCCCCAAGGCCCCCACGGAGGAGGAGAGCUCUGAGAAAGCCACACCCGGUGCAAACAGGGAGGACGCGAGCCUCGCUUCCCAGCCUGGGAUGCCGCACCUCCACGUGCCGGCCUCCGCCUGUCCUCAGGGCGCCCCGGAGCUCACGGGCUCCAUGGCCUCGCUCUCGGACGGCCCGGGGGUCCCCACCCUGGCCACCGAGCAGGACUCCUACUCCACCAGCAGCACCGAGGAGGAGCUGGACUUCGGCAGCCCCAGCGUGAGGAAGAAGCCGUCCAUGAUCCUGGACAAGGCGCGCCACCGCCUCAGCUUCGUGAGCUUCGCCAGCGUCUUCCGCGCCUUCCUCUCCAACGACCGCAAGCUCUACAAGAAGGUGGUGGAGCUGGCGCAGGACCGGAGCUCGUACUUCGGCUGCCUGGUGCAGGACUACAAGGUGUACAGCCUGGAGAUGAUGAGCCGCCAGGUAUCCAGCACCGAGAUGCUGCAGGAGAUCCGGACCAUGAUGACGCAGCUCAAGAGCUACCUGCUGCAGAGCACCGAGCUCAAGGCACUGGUGGACCCCAGCCUGCACUCGGACGAGGGGCUCGAAGCCAUUGUGGAGUCGGCCUUGUACAAGUGCGUGCUGAAGCCGCUGCAGGCGGCCAUCCACGCCAGCCUGCACGAGCUGCACAGCAGGGACGGCUCCCUGCAGCAGCUGAAGGAAAACCAGCUGGUGGUCCUGGCCACCACCACCACCGACCUGGGCGUGACCACCAGCGUGCCCGACGUGCCCGUCAUGGAGAAGAUCUUGCAGAAGCUGGGCAGCAUGCACAAGGCCUACUCUCCCGAGAAGAAGAUCGCCACCCUGCUCAAGACCUGCAAGCUCAUCUACGACUCCAUGGCCCUCGGCAACCCAGGAAAGCCUUACGGGGCGGACGACUUCCUGCCUGUGCUCAUGUAUGUGCUGGCGCGCAGCAACCUCACGGAGAUGCUCCUAGACGUGGAGUACAUGAUGGAGCUCAUGGACCCCGCCCUGCAGCUGGGGGAGGGUUCCUACUACCUGACCACCACCUACGGGGCCCUGGAGCACAUCAAGAACUACGACAAGAUCACAGUGACCCGGCAGCUGAGCGUGGAGGUGCAAGACUCCAUCAACCGCUGGGAGCGCCGGCGCACGCUCCACAAGGCCCGGGCCUCGCGCUCCUCCGUGCAGGACUUCAUCUGCGUGUCAUACCUGGAGCCUGAGCAGCAGUCGCGGACGCUGGCCUCGCGGGCGGACACGGCAGCCCAGGUGCUGUGCGCACAGUGCGCCGAGAAGUUCCAGGUGCUGCAGCCCGAGGACUACCGGCUCUUCGUGCUGGUGGACGGACGCUGCUUCCAGCUGGCCGACGAGGCGCUGCCCCACCACAUCAAGGGCUAUCUGCUGCACAGCGAGCCCAAGCGCGACUUCCACUUCGUGUACCGACCCCUGGAUGGUGGGGGGGGCAGUGCCAACCCACCCUGCCUGGUCGUGAGGGAGCCCAACUUCCUAUGAGGCCCCACCAUGGCACUGUGUCCUGGGACUGGCAGGAUGGAAAGGCAGGACUGGCUGCUCCCUCUCUCACCCUCACACUCAGGUCCCCCAUCUGACCACACCCACCAACCAACACUGGUGCUCGUGUCACAUGUGCGCACCCGCCACCAAGCAUGCCUAACCCGGUGUGGCAGAACGAUAGCCAAAAUACCCGAAAGCAGCAGCCAAGGGCACUUCUUGAGGCAUAGUGAUAGCCCCGAGAGGUCAUGUUUUUCAUUACACAGAAAAACAGACUUGUAGGAGGGAGAGGUUGUCCGCCCCCGCCCCCCGGCCAGCUACAGCAAUUAUCCCACCCCCUCUUCUCACAGUUCCUCAAGCCAUUCCCCUCCCCACCCCCACCCCUGCCACCCCACUGUGGUGUAUCUGACAAAGACCUGAGCUCAGGAUUGGCUGAGGAAGGGUCGCCUGGCCACAGCCGCUCCCCGGGCCCCUCAGGACAGAGCUAGUACGGUGUGGACUAGCCCUGCAUCUCGGGAGCAUCUCAGGGUGAAGAGACAGGCCUCACCCCUGCCCAGAGCCUGUCUUCUACUGCCAGUGUCCCCUCGUGGCACCUGACCCCACCAACAAAAGCAGCUGAAUGCACC